GGCGGGCGGGCGGGGGCGGCAACGACGGACGAGGCGCUCCCCGUGGUGAACUUUGACCCCCCUCCGGGGGCAGGAUCGUUAGGUUUCCGACCAGCCGACAGGACCCCCGCAUCCACGGAGAGUUUUUUUUAUUUAUUUAUUUUUCCGAACCCCCGGCCGCCUCCGCCGCCACCUCCGCCUCAGAGAAAAAGGACCAGGUGAACAAAUCGGGCCAGACCCGGCCCCCGGGCGAGAUUUUGCAUGUCGGGCCGAGAAAUCGCCACCUCCUCCUCACGACCACGGGGGCAAGGAUGGGACCGCUGGCCUACUUCGCCACUUAUCGACUAGGAUUACUCCAAGGAGCCAAUCCCGUCUUGCCGUGGGAUUGAGGAGAAACACAGAUGGUUACGACAAAAGUGGGCCAGACUACUCGGAUUCAGGGGAGAAUGUUGUGCUGUGGGCGGAAAAAGACCGGUCGUGAGAACACUCCUGAUUUGGCGACUAGCCCUAGGAGGCAGCCCAACCAGAAACAACCGCCUCCGAUGGUCAUCCAGCCGGAUUUCAGAAAGGUGAGCGGCAUAUCGUCGGAGAUAUUCAGACAGAUCGAGUCGAUAGAGAACGAAUGCGAGCCGAUACAGGACGGCAGAGGCGAGAUGGUCGUCAGGCUCCUGGACACGAAGAACCUAGGACAGGCGGCACUGCAGGCAGCACGACCUUGGCUCGCGAUGCAGGACGGAAAAAACCAAGUGAAGCUCGUCGAGAUCGUGAAACGUCCCGGUCAGACGCUGGGCCUGUACAUCCGGGAGGGUAACGGCGUCGACAGGACAGACGGCGUUUUCAUAUCCCGUAUCGCCCUCGAGUCGUCCGUCUACAACAGCGGCUGCCUCAAAGUCGGCGAUGAGAUACUCGCCGUCAACAUGGUCGACGUGACGCGAAUGUCUCUGGACGACGUCGUCAUCAUCAUGUCGAUACCAAGACGGCUCAUCCUCGUGACAAGGGAAGGCGCGCCGUGCCCGGCCGGGAUACAGACCCAACCUCACCACAAACCGCUACCGGUAGUCGUCAUCAAACAGGGACAGCUGCAGAACCGAUACGACAACGACGCCUCACCUUCUCCUUGCAAGCUAAUGGACGAGGACCGGCCUCCGUCAAGGUUACACGCGUCGAGGUCGCACCUGGCCCUCGGCCUCUCCGGGGGCGCUUCACAGCACGAUCUAUCGUCCAUGCAGUCGAAGAGGGUUGCCAACGGUUCCGCCGACCACUAUUACAGGCACAACAUACCCCAUUCGCAGACCAUGGAAAGAGGAAGUUGGUUGUAUCAACCUCCGCCUCCGCCGGUCGUCACAGAACAGCCCAAGUCGCACCACUAUCAGUCCUACGACAAGGCCUACCCAAAGACGCUGGAGUCUCUCGCUGAGAAGGUAUCCAAUAGUGUGCACUCGUUCUAUCCGGGUGGGAGCUCGACGACACCGAGGCGUAUGUCGGCCACGACUUCUUCCAGCCUCCUUUCCUACUACGGCGGCGGUUCCAGGUCGAAGAUGAUGCCAAGGUCCGGUUCGGAUCAGCAUCUUCCUCGGGUCGAGUACAUGGAUUUCAAUACGUCGAACAUGGGCCCGCCGUCUUACAGGAGCAGCUAUCGCGUACCGGCGUCUUCAUCUACGUACAGCACGCUGACGCGCAGGCAGCGUUCUGUCGAUUACAGCUCGGACACAGAGACAUCCCGCCCUUCUUACUACUACUACAGGCAGCAUAGCGGGGGCGGCGGCGCUUCGGCCCUCGGAGGCCUCUCGUCGACCAUCGACGCCUCCCACGGCCGGAUCUCCUCGCUCAGGUCAAAUUCGCUCCCGAGGGACAACAGGCAGCCGAGGGCCCACGUGCCCACCCUUCCGACGCACCGGGGGUCGAGCCUCCGCCUGGAGAGGGACUCGUCGCAUUCUAUCCUGCCCGGGGUCUCGUCACUCGUCGACCAGGACGACGACGGUGCACUCUCAGCUCCAGAAAUGUCCAUUUCCAGAAAGCACAGAAGUCGACUCGUUUCAUCCCCGUCUGUUUUCACAGCCGACGAAUACAGAGCCUGGCUAUCGAGGGCGCCCUCCUCCAGCGCUAUUUACCAGUCGGUGUCCAGGGGGCAGUCGCUCCUCGCAAGCCAGAAGGCGAGCCAGCGUUUCGCUUUCUCCUCUGAAAACCUCCCACAGCGCACACGACAGUCGGAGCUUUUAUAUUCGACGUACCGGCCCGGCCAGCUUGCCGCGAUGGGCCCCCUCGUGUCUUCCUCUAGCAGCACGAUACCCCUCAAGUCGUCCACCCUCGACCGUCAUUCCAUCCUCGACAGGCACACGGCCACCCUCGAGAGACACUUGUCAAAUCUGGACCGGCACGCGUCCCUCGAUCGUCACGCCCAGUCGGCCAUCGAGAGGCACACGUCGAACCUGGAGAGGCAUGCUUCCAACCUGGAAAGGCUCUCGUCGACCCUGGACAGGCACUCGGCACUCGACCGGCACUCGUCCUCGCUCACAUCGCGUUCCGCGUCACUGAGGCGUAUGCACAACCUACUCGAACUCGAGGCUAAGUCGAUGGGAAAAGGGUCAACUCCGCCUGUCGAGAACAAACAGCCAAGACAUUCACCUUCUCUACUGCAUAUCAACCCUGCCGAAUUUUUGAAGUAUAAACAGUCGGUGGUGAGGACAGGACAGUCUGAAGUUAGUGGUCUCCUCUGGCUCCACCUCCUGAGCGGAAGGGGUCUUCGUGCUUCGUCGAACCCUUCGGGCAGCACGUCGAACCUCGCCGCUGGAGGAAACAGCGUCGUGAGGGACCUUUACUGUGUUCUCGAGUGCGACGGUGUCCACAAGGCGAGGACCGUCGUGAAGACGGCCGACUUGGUCUUCGACUGGGACGAGACUUUUGAGCUGGACCUCGUCCACAACCGUGAGCUCGACCUUCUCAUCUACUCCUGGGACCCACAGUACAGGCACAAGCUCUGCUACAAAGGGUCCGUCCAGCUCGCCGCUCUCCUCCAGGAGUCACCGGUCCACCAGCUGGCGGUCAAGAUCGAGCCCCGCGGUACCCUGUACAUGCGCCUCCACCACACGACCCCACAGCAGACGUUCAUGAGGAAGCCGAAGCAGCCCGUCAUACCGAGGGGGAAGGUACAGGGGAUUUUCGGCACGGACUUGGAGGCGGUCGUCAACAGGGAGAGCAUCGCGUCGGAAAUACUCAAAGGGGACGCCCUCAACAUACCCACCAUCGUGAGGCGUUGCGUCGAAGAGGUCGAAAGACGAGGCCUAGACAUUAUAGGACUGUAUCGGCUUUGCGGUUCCGCAACGAAAAAACGGAUACUGAGAGAGGCUUUCGAAAGAAGUGCGAGGACUGUCGACCUAUCGUCGGACAACGUUCCAGACAUAAACGUGAUUACCGGCGUACUCAAAGACUACCUGCGAGAGCUUCCCGAACCUCUGGUCACGAAAUGCCUCUACCAGAUGCUCGCCGACGCGGUCUCCGUCUGCCUGCCCGAAGACCCCCAGGGCAACGCCAGCCUGAUAUUCUCCAUCCUCGACUGUCUACCUCAUGUGAACAGGUGCACUUUUAUAUAUUUGAUGAACCACCUGGCCCUGGUGGCGUCUCAGAACGAAAGGAACAAGAUGUCCACCCAGUCGCUGGCUACCUGCUUCGCCCCGGUCCUCGUCCUCCACUCGGACUCGGAGGUGAAACCUUUGGACUUCCACGGGCCGAUAUCCGUCAUCAAGUACCUCCUGGACAUCUGGCCUUCGUCCAUGGUUGACGGGUACGGCGGUUACGAACAACGGCUGGUAGAGAGGGCCCCCUGCCUCCCACCGAGGCCGGGAUCCUCAGCAGCCCCAGCGCCUCCGCCGCUCCCAGCGAAGCCCAAGCCGCAGAUAGUCACAUCGCCUGUGACACCCCCGUCCUCGUCGGACGACGAGUACGCCAAGUCCGCCUUCGACUCCAAGGCCAACUUUGACUCGAAGAAGUCGAUAUUCGAACGGGCGGCCGCGGCGGAAGAGGCGGCAGCGGCAGCGGCGGCAGUCGUCCACCCGGGCGUCGCCGUGUCGUCCGCAUCCCCGCUGCCGCAAAACAACACCGCUAAAUACACUCUAAAGGUAAACAGGAACAACCCAUUCGCCGAGGACAUGGAAGCCGUGACGCCGACUUCCACCUCGACGACGGACCGAGGCGAGCUUGACGCUGACGAAGAGAACUCGGACGACUCGAACCAGAUCAAUUUGAAAUAAAUCAGAACGGGAGAGAAUUUUUUUUCUUUUUAUUUACAAAAAAAUCGGGAAAAGUAAGAGCACAACGUAAAAAUUGGUUGAAACGGAAAAAAACCCUGUAGUCUUCGUGAAAAAACGAA